AUGACGUCCGGCGACGGGGCGGGCAUUCGUCGGAGAGUCAGGUUCGCUCCAGAGCACCGUCUUAACUUCAUUGAGAGUUCCUGGACGAGCAAUAGGCGCUCUACGUGGAUGGCCACGCAGAUCAUUUUCGAAACAUUUACUCCUGACGAAGUCACAGAGCAUAUGAUCGAUGAAGCUGCGAAACUCUUCAACGAGAACUACGGUACUUGGGGUCCAUAUUCGGAGAAACCAGGAAAACCUGUCAGACUUAGCACAAAGAGACUGCGAGAGCAAUAUCUGGCCGAUCCCGCAAGCUCUUACACCCGAUAUCAAAGCAGCAGCAUCUGUUGGGUCACUGAGUUGGUCGUACACAAGGAACAUCGUAGUCAUGGCCUCGCUGCCAGUCUUCUGCGUUCACUCAGGCUCGAUACAGAUGACAUCUACGGCCUUAUGAGUUCACAUCGACACGCAUGUUUGGCAGCUGCUAAGUCCUUUGGAACACAUAUCGAGAAAAUCCCUCUAGACUUCAUCCAAACGAACGCAGCUGGAAUCAUGGGGGCCUCCCCGGUGUCCUAUAUCAAAGAUGCGAAGUUGUGCGGCGACCUCUUUGAUCCUGAUGAUACGAGCGGUCUAAUUUCUAGCGUUAAUACCUUUUUUUUCGUGGACCAUGAGGAACCAUUGCAGGCUUUGACUUUGGUUCAACAAGAUUGGAAGUGGCCAUUUGGCAGCCUGCCGGAGGGUAAGGAGUUUCUCCUUCUGCUGAGGACUCGUGAAUCGAGAUCGCGGUCUUCAUCAGCAAGUGGAAGGGAUCCUGCCAACCCAUCUAGGUAG